GCUGCAUUAAAUCAACUAAGAACUUGUGUGAUCGAUUUUAUAAAAUAUUUCCAGACAUGGGUUGCAGUAACUUUGUUGUUUUUGUUCCACGUAAGAACUCUUAUGUUUUUGACACUAUAAAAUCUUUAUUAAAUCUUUAUGUUCUAAUAUUUGCAACUUGUUACAGUGCCUAGUUAUUGUCAGAAUUAGUCCCUGGAAAUAAUAAUUAGCCUAGAAAAAUGGUCAUAUUUAGGAAAUGAUUGAGCUGCUACUCUCCAUUAACACUUUAAAAAAAAUUUCAACCUCCAAAGUCAUAAGCAGCUUUUUUUGCUGAGAUAAAAAUCUUUUGUUUACACAGAAAAGAUUAAGUCUAACAAGUUAAAAUAUUUACAUUCGCUUGAAAAAAUCUUGAAGGUAAAAUGUGCAGAUGGAAGACAAUGUCUAGUUAGGGAAAUUCAUAGCUGAAAAAUUAAGUUUUUUUCUUACAUGAAUCGGAUGAUGCCAACCUCUUCACUUCUCCUUCUAAUCUAAAGUAUUUUUUUGUCUUCUUUGUCUGAGUUUCUUAAAAUGAAUCAUGGCUAAUACCAAUAUUUGUUUUCAUUGUCUCUGUAUUUGUAUUUCCUGCUCUAGAAUACAUCGCCUAUAUGCUAAUGUGACUUAAAUGUUAUUCUUAUCAAACUAUUUUACAUUUAGGUUAUGGCACAAAUUUCUGUGUUUGAAACCCUUAUAUAAUAAUUAAUGUUAUGUCUAUAAUUGAAUUGUUUUAAACAAAAUAUUAAAUUCAAACUUUAAUUCCUUUGUUAUCUAAAUGAAAUGGUUACAUUUAAAUUGGUUUUUUAAAUUAUAAAAAUGCAUCUUUACCACUUAAAUUAUUGCUAAAAUUUUCUCAAGUUUGAAAAGCCUUUGAGGAAUCAUAAAGUAGAAGUUAUAAUUUUUAGGCAUAAAAUAUUGUUACUAUCAAACAUCUCUAGUCUAAUAAUUGAAAGUUUUAAGUUAGGAUAGAGUGAAGUUUUUUUUAUUGUUUGUUAAAAUUAUUUAAGCAUUACAAAAGUCUUAUUUGCUUCCCAUCCCUCUACAGGGUCAGCUCUUGGUGAUCCUCACAUUACUACACUAGAUGGGGUAACAUACUCUAUAAAUGGUUGGUGUGAAUAUAUCUUAAUGGAUGUAAAGUCAGAGAAUUUUACACUACAGGUAAUUUUAAUUAUAGGCCUACUUCUAAAUAUUAAGUAUUUUUUUUAAAAGAAAGUUGAACCAUUUAAAUAUUAAAAUAAUGCAACAAAUUUAAUUAUUUAUUAAUUAUUAAACUUAUUUAAAUCCUUAAUGAACAAUUAUUUUUAUUUUGAUUGUACUUAAUUCAAUUUAUUUGUACAAUAUUAGUUUAAGAAUUUUGUUAUUGCUUAUCAGACUUGUUUUUACAAGAAAUUUAUGUUGCACAAAUUGUGCAGGCCGAGUGACAUUAUUUAAAAGCAGGAUGCCAAGAGUUUUCUUAUAUUUGUUUUGAAAGGUUAUCUUCCAUAAGUUAAUCAUUAAUGAUGAAUGAAAAUAAAAGUAGAUUAUUUCACAGUGUAGCCUUCAGACCAAAAGUAUGUCGCAUGUCAAUAAUAUUUUUUAAAAAACAAUAACUCUGGAUCUAAUGUGCAUUAACCCGCUAGAUCUUAGGUUCCCAACAUUUUCAGAGUCAGGUAUCCAUUUUAUAAAAGCAUAUUGGCUCUGGACCACAAUGAAUUUUUUAAACGUAAUAAGCUAAGAGAAAACACAUGAGAAAUAGAUGCAGCAUGAUGAAAUUAGGUUAAAUGUUUUAAGACACUAAUUUAAUUUGAACGUUUCUUAAAACUUCAUUAAAAAUUUUGUUAGUUUACUGCUCUAGCUGUGGUCCCAAGUAGAAACCCUCUGUGAUCCCAUCUGGUGUAGCCACAGAUAAAAUUUAUAGACUAAUUAUAUGUCUAUCUAUAAGCUCUCAGAUCAAUACUUCCAGUUACUAUACUUUAAUAUUGCUAAAUAGGCCUAAACUAUUCUGUUUUAACACUACUGUAUUAUGAAAAGUAAAUUUUGAUAAAUACAAUAUGAUUGAUAUAUUUUGUUACAAGGCAAGGACUAAUAAAAUUGAGAGCAUCAAUGGAACUGUAACAAAUGCAACUGUUUUCACUGCAUUUGCGGCCAAAGAAGGAGAUUAUGCUAAAUUUCAAGUUCAAUUGGCUACUAAUAAUAAAAGUAAGUAGCAAAAUUUUUACAAAGAUGUUAAUACAUUUGAUUAAUUAAGUUAAAUUUAUAGAUUAGGUUUGUCUUGAUUUAAAAAAAAAAAAUUAAUUCAAAUAUCCAUUCAAAAAUUGUGUUUUUGUUAUGUCACUCAACUGACAUCAUUUCAUUUAAGUUCAGUCAUACUCAGUAAUAUAGCCUGAUUGAUAAUAUACUAGAGAAUGCAUUCAAGCCCUGAUGGGUGUGUCUUAUUUCCUGUCAAGCCUCUCUAUAGUAUUUUUAACCUAAGUGGUGAUUUUAUUCUUGUUUUUUUUAUUGUUUAAGGCUUUUAGUAAAAAAUAUCCUUUUAUUCUAUUUUGUCAUUGCUCAGGCUUUCAAAUAUCUUAUUGUAAUUGUUCAUGUUUAUUAAGACAUUUUCUCUGCUUAAAAUAUUUAUGAUAUAAUGUUUCUACACAGCACUAGUCAUCUAUGUUAAUGAAAGGGACCUAACAAAUGAUUUUUACAAUGAUGAAGAGUUUUAUACUGAACUAGACAAGAUAAGCAUCACAAGGGAUGAUAGUGCUAAUAAGACAUUGGUGAUAGCAACAUUCCCAUGUGGUAAGGAAUUUUCUGCAUUCAAGCAGUUCUAAUUUCUAAUUUUCCUUUUUUUAAAAAUAAGACUGAAACCUUAUUUAGAAAAAAAAAUUGGCUUUACUUUAUAAUUAUUCUGUGACAGAUUUAAUAUUUUAAUAUAAAAAAUGUUUAUAUUUCUCUCAGUCUACAUCUUUUUUCCCCCUACUUCAUCUUUCUACAGGUGUCACCAUCAAAGUGUAUGUCGCAAUCAAAAGUUUGAAUAUUGAGUUAGAAGUUGACAAGAGGCUGGAAAACAAAACUAUGGGUCUGUUUGGGAAUUUUAACCGUAAUAAAUCAGAUGAAUUUACCCUCCCCAAUGGCACUGUGCUGCCAAGCGGCAUGACAGAGAGAGAAAUAUUCUUUUCGUUUGGAAAAAAAUGUAUGUCUAUUUUUUUUAAUUCUUUUUUUUAAAUAAAUAUUUGUUAUAAAGAAAUUAUGUAUUUAGUUGAUAAGUGAAACAAUUUAUAAGUAUGUCAAAACCAUUAAGCAUACAAAUUUACUUAUUACAGGGAAUGUUUUUUUUUUUUUCUAACAGUAGUUGUUCUUAAAUGGAAACACUAAUCCAACAAAUUAACAAAUUAAAUUAUUUUUAAUAAAGGGGAAGUAACAGCAGCCAACACUGUCUUCAUGUAUGGAAAUAAAGAAAACUCAAGCACUUAUCAGCACUCAGACUUUGUUCCUGUAUUUGGAGACGAGGCUUCCCCCUACAUGGUUUCUGUUGCAGAAAAAUACUGUGGAACAAAUAAUACAGCUUGUGUCUUUGAUUACAUUGUUACUGGAAGUGAAGACUUUGCUCUAAGCACUAAUGAGUCCGUCCUCAAAUUGAAAUCUCUAGUCACAAAUUUAGGUAACUUUAUUUUCAUCUCAAGAUAUAAUAAAAAGUUGUAUUAUCUCAACUAAAAAAGCACCAAGACUAAAAUGAAGUUUUAAGGGCCAUAAUUCAAGAGGGCAUAUUUUGAUUGAGGACUUACUUUUAUUGACAAGAGUAGAUUAGUGGUAUAUUGUAUAUUGUGGAUUGAAUUAAAUAACGAUUAAAAAUGGAGACUUAUAAAGAGUAUAUCUUUAUUUUAUUUUAAUUCUAAUAACAACUAAUAACACAUGUAUUUGCAUACUAAUAACUAAUAACACAUCUUUGCUCCUUAAGAAAAUAACCCACCAACAUUGUCUCUGAAAAACACAAGUUUCAAUGGAGUUGGCCAGUGGGUUGUGAAUGAACAAAGUCAAGCCACACUUGAAGUUUUCACAGAGGAUACUGAUGGUGAUUUAGUCUAUGUUGAAACUGUAGAUAAUCCAAAAGGAGUAAUUGUGAAAGAUAAGAGUAUCACCUACACAGUCAACUCCAGCUUGCCUAUAAAACUUGGGUGAGAGAUGCAAUAUUUAUUUUUGUACUUAUGUGCUAAAAAUACAUUACAUUAAAUACUUGAAUGUUUUCAAAAAUUCAAAAAAAAAAAAAGGUCAUUCACUUUUUUGUGUUUUAAAUAUUCCACUUCUUUUAAGAUUAAAACUGGAUCAAUCUAGCCUUAUAAUCUUUUUUCCCAUGUCUCAUAUAUACUUUUCAAAUUUUAAACUGCAAGUUAAACUGGAGGCUUCUCUACAUUCCUGAAAUUCACAUCAACACAUAAUUGCAUGCAUCAUUGUUAUACCAAACUUUUUUGCUCCACCUUAAAAACCCCCACCCCCCAACACCAUGAUCAUAAAUGGGAAAGCUUAAAAAAAAGGAAACCCUUGCUCAGAAGCUAACAUCAGGGAGAUUGAAUUAAAAUCUUGCAGAUUGUCUAGGCCUCAAGAUUAAAUUUAAAUGUUUUUGGAUAUUGUGUAAAUUAAUUGAAAUAUAUUAGUGUUAUGAUAAAUGACAAAAAAGUAACAGCGUUAGUUUUAAAAUGUGUAUUUUCUGACUUAAGCGCUCCUCCCUUCACCUCCCCAACUAAACAAUUUUUUUUUGGAGAAGUCGAUUCAUUACUUAACAAUGAUAUUAAAUUUCCCCCCAAAAUGUUUUAAUUGUGCCCAUGUGACUUGUAUACCGCAAGUUGGGAGACCCUGAUAUACAUAUUUAUAAUUAUUGACUUCACAUUUUUUUUUUACUGCAAAGAUUGAAUGAUGUGAAUUCAUUGAUGAUGCCACACUUAUAUUAAAAAUAAUAAAAUAAUUUACAGUAAAAUUAGAAUUUGAAAUUUAAAAAAAUAAAUAGUACAUUUCUCUAUCCAUAGACUAAGAGCUAAGGACUCCAAAGGUGCUUACAGCCCUAUAGUGUAUGUAUACAUUGCUGUUUGUACUAGCUGUAAUGGACAUGGAAUGUGUACCAACAUCACAAGAGACAUUGAAAAUAGUGAUGGAUAUUUUCAGAUCUUUGAAUGUAGCUGUUACCCAGCCUAUACAGGUAAUGUUACAUAACAAAAACAGUGCAUCUACUUUUAAUAAAUGCAGCUUUAACAUGCACAUAGAAGCUAAAUUUCCAUUAGGAAGCAGUGGUUGAUUGCUAAUAAUUUAAAUUGUAAUCAACUUUAAGGAGUAUAUUUUAAGAUACAAAUUUUUGUUUGCAUCUGCUCUAAUGACUAUGAAGAAAAAGAAUAUUUAAGAUGAAAAUUAUUUUUAAAAAUAUUCAUAUCAAUGCCUUAAUCAGUAAUGUAAGGUCAAGCACUGUUCAAAAUUACAAUAUUUAUUGAAGGCAAUGAAUUUUAUAUUUUAACCUUAUGCAUACCACUGAAUACAAAGAAAUGAUCAUGUGUAAAAUCUGGGGGAUAAUUUCUCUAUUUUUUUGCACCUUUUAUGUUGCUUAUAAUAAGAAAUAUAUUUUAUCUGCUGGAUUAAUAUACUGGAGAUUAAGAACACGUUAUAAGAUAAGGAAUUAAGGAUUAAAAGGAAAGAAAAACUUAAAUAGAAAAACAAAAUCAAAAAAACUCCAAAAGUAAAGGACAAUAGAAUUUUAAAGCAAACAAGCAAAAAUACAAUUAAAAACAAGGAGUAUGUAAAACAACAACAUAAUAUUAGCUCAGAUGGUUUGAAGCACUGUCUAGUCUAAAAGGAAACUGAACAACAUUACUGUUUUCAAUGUAUUUCAAAAUUCUUUUUAGCACAAAAUUACUUUACUUGAAGAAGCAUGUGAACAAAAAUGAUUUUGUAAAAAUAAUUUUAAAAAUUGGAUGCUUCAUCCCAUCUUCUUCAUCACAGAUACCUAAGUUCAGCUCAAUAAAGGGGAAUUAUUUACCUUAAAGUUAGGACUAAAAGAUAUAAAAUUCUUUUGUUCCCCAGUCUGAAUUAGAUUACCAACUUUCUCCCCCGUUGUUACUAAAUAUGAAUGAUCACUAAUUAAGUGAUUAUUGUCACUGAUGGCUGAUUGCUAUGCUAGAUAAAUAUGUUAGAUGUUUUGUGUUUAAACUUUUAUAAUUGUAAAAUGCUGCCUUGCUUAAAAAAUGUCUUUAAUUUUUAUGUGAUGAAAUGUUAUAGGUACAAUGUAAUAAAAAAAGUUUCAAUUUAUUCGGAUCAAUAAUAAAUCUUAACUUAAAAUCUUAUCUGAUCAAUCGAAGCAAAUGUAUUUUAUUUUAUUUAGGAGCUGACUGUGAGUUAGAGUUGGACUCUUGUGCCAGUAAACCUUGUUCUGUAGGACAGGAAUGUACAGAGCUAACAGCUGCUCAACAAGGGAACAAUCUCACAGGAUAUAUGUGUGGUCCUUGUCCUGAUGGGUACACUAAAUCCAAUUCUAGUGAUAGCUGUAUUGGUGAGAAAAAUUGUUUUGCCGUGAUUAAAAAAAUUUGAAAUCUUAUAUUGUAUUUUAAAAUUUUAAAUAUAGCAAAUUAAUUUUUGUUGAUUAUUACUUUUCUUAUAUAAAUCAAUCAAAUUAUGUAAGUAAAUUAUAUCACAGAUAUUGAUGAAUGCUUGUUAAGCAAUGCCUGUCAACACAACUGCACCAAUACCAUUGGUUCCUACCAGUGCAGCUGUAGAGAUGGUUUUAGACUUGAUGUGUCUGACAGGAAAACUUGCAACGGUAAAAAUGACAUACUUAAGAUUUGAUUUAAAUUGUUUCUAUAUUUGUUUAUCAAAUAAAAAAUACAUUUCAUCAUUUAGAUUUGGCUAAUUUAUUUCUAGAAAUGUACAAUUUAAAAUUUCAUAGAAUUAUCAUCAUUCAGAUAUUAAUGAGUGUGAAGAAAAGACAUCUCUGUGUCAACACAGUUGUAAGAACACUGAAGGCAGCUACAAUUGUUCUUGUCUUGAAGGCUAUGAUCUGAAAGCUGAUGGGUUUACCUGUGAACUUUCAAGUAAUUAGUGCUAUUAUCAAUAAGCAUUUAGCAUUGAAAUUAAUAAUAAGUUAUUUGAAAUAAUCAGUAUAAAUGUUUAUAAAUAGAUUUGAAAUAUGUUUUUUAUUAAAAAUAAUUUAUUAUAAAUUCAUUCACUAAGUUUUGCUUAAGAUAAUAAUUUCCAACUUAUUGUUCUGAAAUAGUACAAAAUUGGUUUUUGAAUACGUAGAUUUAAUUUAUUUGCUCUCUUACAUAUUCCAUUUAGACAACUAACAAGUUAAAUAAGUCUUCUUUAAAUCAACAACAUUCUAAUAAUUUACCACAUUUGUUUUCAUAAUUAACUCUUUUAAAGGUUCUGGACUCCAGAAAUGUUCCCAGUGUCAACACACAUGUAUUUUUAAUAAGAUAAAUAAUUCUGCUGUAUGUACAUGUGAUAAGGGAUAUUUGCAAGAUGAAAAAAAUGAUGCUGAGUGUAUAGGUAGGCAAAUGCCUUAUAGUUAUCCCCUUAAAUGUUUAAGAGAAAAUAAUAUUUGAUGGGUCUAAAACAUAUUUAUUUGCUGGAGUUGAAAAAUGUUUACACUGUUCUAAGUAAUCCCCUAGAUUCUGAUUUUGUUAAAUUACUAUCUCAAAUGACAAAAUAAAAAUUGGAUAACAAAUAAGCUUAUAAUUCAUGUAUCUGUAAUUAAAUUAACUGUCUUUUCUUUUUUUUAAAAAUGAAUUAAUAAUUUAUUAAUUAAAUGUGUAAUGUUGCUACGCAAUUUCUUACACGACAUUUUCCAUAUAGAAUGAGUGAUGUUGUAGGAGAAAUGCUAUUUGAAAUAGAUUGUUUAUCAAUUAUCAUGUCACAUAUACUCAUUAUUUUAAAUAUUUUAAUAUUUUAAAAGAAAUUAAAUAGGGUCUUGUCGCUUUUUUAAAUUUUCAAAUUACAAAUUGAUUUAAUUGAAGAGAACAAAGAUAUCUAAGAUUGGUUUAUACUUUUAAGAUUAAUACUAUUUUAACAGGUUAUAUUUCAAACAUAAUAAUAAGCCUCUCAUAAAUUCAGGGCCAAAUUACAUAUUAUUAAGUGUUUUCCAAUAUCUCAUUAAGUUAUUUAAAUUACUUAUCUCACCAGACAUAGAUGAGUGUAAGCUUGAUAAUAUGCCAUGCAGCCAGGGCUGUAACAAUACUGAUGGAAACUUUCAUUGUUACUGUUACCCUGGCUACAAGAUGGAAUCUGACAGAGUUUCAUGUAAAGGUAUGUGUUGCUUUCUAUUACUUUUUCUUCAUUUAUAUAAAAUUUGAAAUGUUGAAAAUGGCCUUGAAUUUAACUCGCUUAAAUGUUUGUUCUUGCAUGCUAUUGUUUUUAAAAUUAUAUAUUUCUUUGUAUCUGGAGAUGAUUUCAUCCUGACAUUCUUUUUAUUACUGUAUUAUUAUUAUUUUAAAAAUAUAAAGACUAAAUGGAAAUGAAUGAUCAGAUUAAAUCCCAAAUUUUAUCUUGAUGCAUAUUUUAAGUUUUUUCAUUCUGCUAUAUGUGGUUGUUUAUUACAAUUUUAAUGGUUAAUUUUAUGAACCUAGUUUUGCAAAGUUUGCGGAGUUUUAAUUUUGUUUUUUAUUGACAUAUGUACUGCAAACAAUUUCUAUAUUUUUACAUUUCAGCCUGUGAAGUUCCAUAUUAUGGAGAUAACUGCAAUAAAACCUGUGAUUGUAAUGGUAGAGGAUCAUGUAACACAGUGAAAGGAUGUGUUUGUGAUGAGAACUGGACAGGGGUCAACUGUGACAUAGAUGUUGAUGAAUGUGCCAAACCAGGUGCCUGUCCUCAGGGGCAACUCUGCAAGAAUACAAACGGAUCAUUUACAUGUUCAUGUUCCACUGGAUAUAUCAUGGAAGGAGCUGUCUGCAAGGGUAUGUAUUUAUUUACAUCAUUUUUAGUAUUUCUAGUUUGCUUUAAAGUCUAUAUUUUUGGUAGACCUUAAAAUAUUUUUUUUUAAAACAAGAAGGAUGUGGUGUAAUCUAAAAUAUAUAUAUGCUGCUAAAAAUAAUAAUAAGUUACUGAUAUACUUUUUUGUUACAUUCUGAUAAUUUAGCAGUAUUUAGUGUAUACAAAUUCUGGAAUGGCAAAAUUUCGCUGUACCAUAGUUUAUAAGUAACAUUUGUUGAGCCUUCUCGUCCAUGAGGGGCAUCCACCGAUCAUCGUCGGCGUCUGCGGUUCCUCCAAGGGCAUAGGCCAUAGGCCACCUACGAGAGACCUCCAGGCAUCUCUAUCCUGGGCCAGCUUCUCCAGGAUCUUCCAUUCAUGGCCAAUUUUCUUGAUGUCUGUCUCCAAUUCUCGGCGCCAAGUGUUUCUUGGACGGCCUCUUUUCCGCUUACCCUGUGGGUUCCAUUUCAGGGCUUGCUUUGUUAUGGUGCGGACAUUCCAAGCGCCAAUGACGGUGGUAGUCCUGGUAGAGAUGUUGGUUGUCGGCUUAAUAGCUUCCAGGUUUCGGCUUUCACUAUUAUUCGUCAUAUUUUCCUCCUCAAGGAAUCCAUCCUCUCCCAGGACUGAAAUGUCUUUUGUUACUCUUUUCGGUUCUUUUGUAACUAUGAUUUUUUACAUGGCAGGGUUGUUGGCCUUGCGCACAACCACUUGGGGGGUUGCCCCUCACUGCUCAAUGGGUAGCUGCCUUUGUUCGGGUUAGGUCCCUAGCCUUUGUGGAUCCCUCCACUUCCUACAAGGCAGUAGGGCUGAUUUUGGUCCGCCCCGGGUAUUUUAUUUCCCCGGUACCCUCCAUAUCUGGCGGGCUUUCCCCUAUCCGCCGGCUGGGGAGGCGCUCGAUAGAAGAUCAGCAUCUCCCACGAGUAAGUAGCAUUCGAUUGAGGAAAAUUAAUGCUAUUAUUUUACUUGAUGGCUUUAUUUAAUCAUUGUAAAUUUAAAAGAAAAUUAUAGUUUUAACAAUGAUUAUUGAAUUUGUUUGUAGAUGUUGAUGAGUGCUCAAGCCUUCAGACCAAUGGGACAUGUAAUUUACAAAAAGAAGUUUGUAUCAACACUGUUGGUAGUUACAGAUGUGAGUGUAAAAAGGGCUAUGCAAGAGAUAACAAAUCUAUCUGUCAAGGUAAGUCUCUAGAUAAAAGAUGUCAUUUGUUAAUUAAAAAGAUUCACUGCACAUUAAAUUACAAGAAUUUAAAAAAAUAAAGUUUUAAUAACAUAAGAAUAAAGAAUUUGUAUAUCUUUUAGUCCUAAAUUUAAAAGAAACAAUUUUUCCCUUAUCAAAGCUUGCAAAUUAAUUUUUGUAUCUACAGAUAUUGAUGAGUGUAAGCUACGUACAGACCGAUGCCAACAGUUGUGUCAUAAUGUUGAUGGGGGCUAUAACUGUGGCUGUGAGGCUGAAUACAUCCUGGCUGAUAACAGGCAGAACUGUACUAAAGGUGCACUAAUUGAUAAUAUUAAAACUGUAUACUAAGACAAAGCCUUAGUUUGGACACUGUUAUUGGGCGAUUGUAUUUAAGUUAAAUUAUAAGAGGUUCGGUACUGACACUUACUAUAACAAUGUCAUAAUAAAUAUAAGAAGACAGGAAAUUCCAAUUAUAACUGUAGCUUAGUGAAAAAUAAUUUGAACAUAGAUAAAAUGCACCUAAUUUAUUUUAAAUUUUCAAAUGCCCAUAAUGGUGCCUUUGUAUGGCAAUGUCUGUCUGCAUUUAUAGUAAAAUAAAUAAAAAUAUUUAUCUGUAAGGCCUUGAUAGUUUUUCAGCUUUUUUUUACAAAUACUAAAUGAUAACCUAGUAUUUGCUUUAGAUUUUAAUAUUCCUUUUUCAAAUACUAAAUAUUAUUAUUACAACUUCAAAAGUUUCAUUGCAAAAACACAAAUAUAACAUGAAAUUUUUGAAAGGAUACGUAACAGCUUAAAAAAAGGAUAUGUAACAGUUUUAUAAACAGGAUAUGUAACAGGCUGAAUAACAAUAUAAGACAAUCAAAGAAACGUUUUGGACAAAAAACCUUCACCUGAAAGCAAAAUAAAAACAGUGGACUCAGACUUUAAGAAUUUUGUUUAUUGUGAAAGGCAAUCAAAUAUCUGGUUAUUAAUGUGUUUUUAAAAAAUUCUAUGAGGGCGUUCUCUACUUUAUUAAAAAAUAAUAAUAAAGAGACAUAAUGAUACAUAUUUUCAGUGCAAGACCUUUGUGAUGCAGCAAAACUGAACUGCACUCAUGGAUGUAGCUUGGAUGACAAUGUCAAGCCAUACUGUAUUUGUCCUCGUGGCUAUAUCAAGAUAACUCAAAAUGAAAAAGUCACUUGUUUAGGUAAAUUAUUUUUGUUACCUACUUACUUUAAAAUCCUAACAGCUCAAACUUUUCCAUAUUCAUCAAAGGUUGUCUAGUUCUUAUUGAUUAUGUAGGCUAUAGAAGGUGUCCUUAAUAUUUAUGAGCAAAUUAAAUUACUCAAUAAUUGGACUUAUAAAAAUAUGCAAAAAUUCAAAACUAUUUAAGGAAAAAGUGGUUUUCCUUUAAGCAUUACUAUUUCAAUAAACAAAUAGCACUGCAGCAUAAUGUUUUCUUUAAACCAUAAUUAUAAGAAUUAUAUUUUUAUUUUUUAAAGAAUUAAAUGAAUAUGUUUAUUACAGUUCUUGAAAUACUUAAAUUAAAGGAAGCAAUACCUUUCAAUGUUUAUUAUACUGCAUCACAUUGUAUCAUUCAAUAAUUGCUAUGAAUGUAUAUUUGUUCAAAGAUAUCAAUGAGUGCGCCUCAGCUGAGAAUAACAGCUGUUCCUACAAACCUGGAUGUAAUAACACAGAUGGUGGCUAUAGUUGUUCUUGUCCUGCUGGUUUCAAGCUUGACAACAAUGGUCGAAACUGUCUUGGUUGGUUUUUAUUUAUACUUAAUUUCUAUGCAACAAUUUAAGAUCUAUUAAAAAAAUGGAUUUCAGACACAAGCCUGAUAUAUAAUAUUCACAUACAUGUAGAAGUGCAUAGUCAUUUAAUUCAUGAAUGCAUUAUUGUAUAUUACCUAGCAUGUUCUGGAGACACAUGGGGUGUGAGUUGUGCCUACAAUUGUAGCUGUGGCAUAGGAGCUGAGAGAUGUGAUACUGUCAAGGGUUGUGUUUGUAAAAAUGGAUAUACAGGUAGUUUAUAUUUUGUAUUUAUUUCCUUAGUUACUAUAAUACAUAUUGGGCCUCUAAUUACUAGACCAUUUAAGAAAGUGUAUAUAAAAGAUCUGCAAGGUCACCCUGGUAAAACCAGACAGAAGAAGAAGAAGCAUAUUAAAGGUACAAACACAAAUUUAUAAAAACCAUAAUUGUUUUUUUUCUAAAUCUAGGAGAGCACUGUCAAAAUGACAUCAACGAAUGUACAACUGGGAACUUAACCUGUAAAGAAAGACAAGUUUGUGUUAACUUACCUGGCAGUGCAAUGUGCAUAUGCCAGGCUGGCUAUCAGUUUGAUAGUCUUGGUAGCUGUUUAGGUAGGAUUUCUUUUUUUUUUAAUUUUGUCUUUUACCUUUUUGUUUUUAGAUAAAUAUAUCCACUUUUCAAAACAUGAAGCAUGUGUAGGCCUAUAAAAAAAUGGGUACCUUCUUUGUGCUAUUACAGACAUCAAUGAAUGUUCUGGCAACAACAAUUGUACUCAAGUAUGCACAAACACAGAAGGCUCAUACAGUUGUUCCUGCUAUGCUGGUUAUACUUACAACAGUACUAGCAACACCUGUCUAGGUAAAAAUAAUAAUUUAAAUAAAUUUAUUUGUAUCCAAAUUAUAUUAUUUUAAAAAUUACAUAAUUAAAUUAAUUUGAUUAAAAUAUAAGAUAUUUAUGACUUUUGUCUUCAAGGAAACUGAAUUAUUUUACUAUAGAUAAACUUGGGUUUUAAGUCUUAUUAAAAAUAUGAUUUAAACCAUUAUUAUUAAAUUUAAAAUCUGUGUGUGACAUCAUCUUAUUAUUCAUAGGAAUAAUUAGUUUAAUUUUAAAUUACAUAAAUACUCUAUCACAUCAUCAGAUGUAUAUUUUAUCAAUGUCACAGUAUCUAAUUGUAUUGAUGUACAAAGAUCAUUUUCAAAAGCAAAAAGUUAAAGACAAUUUAUACAAUUCCCUAAUAAAUUAUCUAAAAUAAAUUUCAAUAUUUUAAGGAGUAUUUUGUUUUAUUUUAAUCUUUUAAAAGACAUAGAUGAAUGCAAAUUAGGGAAAAAUCAAUGCGACAAAAUCUGCACCAACACUGAUGGAAGCUAUCGUUGUUCGUGUACUGAAGGUCUUUUUCUACAGAUCGAUGGUGUUUCAUGCCGAGGUAGUUAAUGUUCUUUUCAGUUGUUUUUUUAUGUGUUCGAUUUAAGUAAAAAAAAUGUAUCAAUUUAUUUUUUAAAUAUAACAAUUAACUCCUCAGAUUACCAUUAAAAAUUAUGUGCCUUUGAAACAUUAUCCAUGUCUUUAGAUUCAUUCAAUGGGCAAUUAGCUUUACAAAAUAUUAAAAUUAAAAAUUUAACGUUAUUUAUUUAUUUUAAGCUAAUAAAAAUUCAAAUCAAUAAGUAAAAAAAAAUUGAUACUAAAAUAUAUAAUUUAAAACUACAAUAUACUGAAUUAUAAUUUUAAAAUAUUUGAAAUAUUUUAUAUGUCUAAAACAAAUUACCAAAUAUACAAAUUUAGAGAAAUGUACUUACAAAAAUCAUUUUUUAACUUUAUUCUCAGCUGACAAGCCAUGUAAUACCAACAGAUGUGUUGAGAAUUGUGCCAACAUUAAUGGCAUUGAUACAUGUUUAUGUGGGAAAGGAAAAACUCUAGCAAAAGACAACACUUCAUGUGAUGGUAAAUAGAUUUAUUAUUUUGUAUUUUAGAAAAACUUCUAUAAAUUGGAAGCAAUGUAUUUUUUGCACUGUAUUCAGACCUGUUUACCCUCAAACUCUAAAAAUCCAAUAAUAUCAUCACAUAAUUGUUCAAUACAUUCUCUUUAUAAAAACAAAAUGUGCAGAAUAUAUAUAUACAUCUCAAAAUUGUACAUUAUUCGCCAAAAUCGUAAAAAUAAACAGGUCUGUGGAUUUUCCCUUGUGAUAAACAUAGUUAUAAAAAUUGUUCCUAAUUACUUUAAUGCUAUUUUAUUUUGACUUCACUAUUCUCAUUUCUGUUUUAUGUUCUUUUUUAUGCUGGUGAAAGCUUCUAGCUGAAACAACAAUUUAAUUGUCAUGUUUCUUUUUUACUUUCAACUUUCCCCUAUCUUAUUCUAUUUCCUUCAAAAAGCAUGAAUGCAGUCCCUUAUAUCCACUUUUUAAACUGUUUAAAAUGUUAUUAUCUUCUUGGGUUUAUUUGAUAUUGAAACAUAUUUAAAAAACCUUUAAAAAAUAUGUCAAAUGGCUUUUUACACAUCUUUUGCACUAUAUUAAUGAUACAAAUUCAUUUAUUUUAUUUUUAAUACUUUUUAAUAUUUUCUAAAUUUAUUUUGUUUAUUGUAAUGUUUUAUAUGUUUGUAAAAUAUUUCUUUCAGAUUUGGAUUUGUGUAAACUCAGCUCUUGUUCUGAAGGAUGUGUUGAAACUAAAGGAAAUAAAACGUUUGAAUGUUUAUGUAACAUUGGCAAAUACUUGGCAGCUGAUGGAAUAACUUGUACAGGUAAUAUGAUUUAUUAAACAUAGUGUGUCAUAAAGAAUGAAAUUGAGUAAAAUUGCUAUAUUUAAGUUAGAAAUAUGUUAAUUUCAGCUAACUGUAAUAGAAUUAUUACAACUUCUGAAAACAAAAUGUACAAUAAUAUUGAUAAAUUAAGCCAACUAAGACAUUUUGAGGUCAAGACAAUGAAAAGGAGCUUACUGAAAAGAGAGUUCAACAUCAGGUUAGGCUUUGGUCAAGGAGACUCACUCUCUAGCAUGGGGAAGUUUAUAUGGAUGCUCAUACUGGAAUAAUCACAAAACUCUUUAAUGGAACUUCAAACACAGCCACUUCACAACUGAUCUUUGGUAUGGUUGACAACCAUCCAUUUUCUCUUUCUUAGUUUGAUGACAGCUCCCUUGCUAGGCCAAUUGAGUUUGAAAUCAGAGUUUUCUUUGUUUUUAAUAGGUCACCAUACAAGUUGAUGUUCACAACUAUAUAUAAUGCCUGAGUUGAUUUUUUUUUUAGGCUGGGUAUUUUUGGGGUUUUAACUCUAAAGUCACACAGCCAUACCUAACUAGGGCAAAAGCAAAUACUGUAAAACGUCAAUUUUCCAAAUUCGAUUUUCUAAAUGCUGUCUUUCGUUAUUAUUCAAUUACAUUCCCAUGGCAUAUAAACAAUUGAAAUCUAUUCAAACAAUUGAGUUUAAAAAAAAGGUUCCUGACAUUAAUUAUUUGCUGACCCCUAUAUUCAAUUUAUAAUUGUUCCAUUAUCCAACAAAAUGGUUAUCUGGGCGAUACGAGAUGCCAUUAAAUCAGAAUGAUUUAUGUUCUUUUAUAAUUUAACUUCAGAGUGCAUUGAUGGAAAAUAUGGAAUGAACUGCAAUAAUAGUUGCACAUGCCAAAUGUCAAAUACCAAAACUUGUGAUAAUGUCAAUGGAGCCUGCAUUUGUCUCCCUGGCUGGAAGGGAGAGAACUGUACUAUUGAUAUAGAUGAAUGUGCUGAUAACUCAGGAUCAUGUCAAGAACAUUCUCACUGUGUAAACAGAGAAGGAUCUUACAUCUGUGUCUGUGAUGAUGGAUUCAUUCAGAAAGAUAAAAUGUGUGCAGGUUAGCAAAUUUCCCAUUCAUGUUGAAAAUAAUUGAUAAUUAACUUUAAUAAAUAAAUUUGACAUAUAUUUCUCAAUGAAUCUUUUUAAAAAAAUAGACAUUUAACAUUUAUUUAAAAACUGUAACCUCUGUUAUAUACUUAACUUUAUUGGAAUAAAUGUUAAUUUCAUUAAAUAUAAAUAUUUUUAAAAAGGUUUGUCACACAAAUAAAUACAUAUUUAGAAUAAGAUCUCUUUCAUUUUGUAUGUAACUUUCUUAGAAUGUGAUGAAAACUGGUAUGGCCCAGCUUGCUCAUUGCCUUGUUCAUGUGGAGAACAUUUUAAGUGUAACAAGACAAAUGGGCUCUGCUACUGCAAGCCUGGCUGGAGGGGAGACAACUGUGAGAAAGAUAUCAAUGAAUGCACUGAGGAAACUCAUUACUGUAACUCAACACAGCACCAAGUUUGUGAAAAUAGUUUAGGGGGAUACCAGUGUGUAUGUCAAACUGGCUACACAAAACAAUGUGAUGCUUGUGAUUGCAAAGGUAUGAUUUGUAUUCAUUUUAUUAUGUUAAUAAUUUUAGUAUAACUCAUUCCUAUUUCCCAGAAAAAUAUAAAUGCUAUGAUUUUUACCAAUCUUACAGCUAUACAAAUAGAUGGUUUUCAGUAUUAACAUGUUUGGGUUUCAUCAACUUCUUUUUGUGAUUUACAAAUGUAAUAUUCAACUCGUCAUUCAGACAAGGUCUGUUGCUUGCAAAAAAGGAAAUCAUUAGCUUCACUGACUAAUAAAAUCAAGGACUAACAAUUAAAAAUGUCCACUCCUGUAAAAUGCUUGUCAAUUUUCAAUAUAAUAUAUAUAUAUAUAUUAGACUUUGGCUAUCAAUUAUUCUGCAAAAUAAUGUGUUAUUUUCAUAAAUAUUCUGGCAGAUAAAAUAUGUUUGAAUUUAAAACAUUAAUUUAAUUUCUCUUGCCCUGAACUAUAAAAUGGUCCUUGUGUGGAUAUCACUUUGACAUGUUUUUCCUCAGGACUUCCAUUCAGACAUACAGUUUCUUCCAUCAUAACAUUGGAUUACACUUCAGGUUUUGAUCUGACAGACAAAAAAUCAAAUAAAUACCAGGAGCUAUCAGUAGAGGCACAAAAAGGAGUAUGUCUUGUAAUGUUUAUUUAUUUACGAGUGAAAAUAAUACUUGAGACAAAGAUCAUGGAAAUGUACAUUUUUUACUUUUUAUUUCAAUUCUAAUUUAGCAAUUUUGUAAUAUAUUUAUGCAUCAGUAAAUAACAUAUUUACAGUUCUUUGUAAUAUUUCAAAUCUAUUUAUUGUGAUCCAUUGUGCCCAUUUUAUUUCAGUUGUUUGAAAGCUUGAAAAAGAAGGAGGCUUCAGUCAUCUCUGUGGCUGUAACUAACCUCAGGUACUUUAUACCCCGCUCUUGUUAUUCUUCAGCAACAAUUUUGUAAAUACAUAUUGAAUUUAUAAUUUUUAAAGACCCGUUAUAAUUUUAUAUUUAAACUUAAAAUGCUCAUGUCACUGGUCAUCCCCACAGACAAGGAAGUCUUAUUAUUGAAACUGAUAUUACCAUGGCAACCAAUAACACCACUGAUAAGGAAAGUGAGCUGAGACUGUCCAGGAUAUUGGUGGAAAUAAUGCAGGAUGGAAUAGGCAUUACAAUAAACAAUACAGAUGGAGUCAUAUUACAUCUGAUAAUAAGUGGAUUGGAAUGUGAGUCUCUCUUUAAUUUAAUCAUUUGUAAUGUAAAAUUAUAUUUGAUGUCUGUACAUAAACUUAUAAAAUGUAAAAGCCACUCGAAUAUAUUUAAUGCAGGCCUAAUUUCUAGAUCAUACAAUCUGCACAUUCUGUAGAUAAAGUAUUUUUCAAAUGUAUAUUCAUAUAUUAUAUAUUUGUCCAAAUUAUUUUAGAAUUUAAAAAACCUGCUUUAUAUUUGUUUUCAAAUUUAAAUAAAACUGAUCACUUAUUAUAAUUUGGUAAAACUUUUUAACACACCAGUUUUAACAAAGAUUAACGGCACCUUUAUUGAAUUUUUAUGAAACAUGUUUUUAUCAAAAUUAUGAAUUGUUUUAGAAAGCCACAUAAUUCAGUCUGUUUUUACACUGAAAAAAUGCCUCUUCAUAAUUUUACUGAAAUUGUUAAAUUUAUAACCUGAUAUUAUAAACUGUAAGUUGUUACAGAAUCUAACCCAUAAAUAUUUCUGAUGACCUGAAACUCUUGUUUUGCCAUUAGCUGCAUAAAAAGAAAUACAAAUGAAGCUGUUAACACAAAUAUUGCAUUUAUAAUUAAAUUCAAUGUUUAUAUUAAUUGUGUUCUUCCUCAUAAUUUAAUGUUGAUUUCCAUCCUUUCACAAUUUUACUCCAGUUCAAAAUACUGACACUCCUUGUAAAAUAAAGAGUAAGAUAGACCCAUGUUCAGAUUCAGAGUUGUGUGUAGAAGAAGGGAAAGAAGCCACUUGCAGGUGA